GAAAUUCGUGCGGUGCGGUUGUGCGCGUCGGACAAAAAGGCCAAAUGAGCGUUUUACCAAUUGUUUAAAACACCAAACACGCGCAACACUGCAGACUUCACGAAACACGCUAAAAGCAAAAGUGAACAGCAAAACACGGUUAAUCAAAUUUCGACAAGACGCGCAAAGUUGCUCACCAGUUUUUUGUAAAACAGCUGCAAAUAAGUUCAACUGAGUGAAACAAAUUGUUUCGAAGAAUAAAAAAAAAAAACAGUUGGAUGCUGUGCAAAAAGCAACAAAUCGACGACAAAAAUCUCGUAUAUGCGUCUUAUGCUGUGCCUGUGUGCGCCCUAAAAGUGUGUGAUUGUAUGUGUGUGCGUGUGUGGUCCAGUUUUGUGUAUAACAAAAAGAUUUUUGCGCUGAGUAUCCUUUGAAGGUGUUGCUAAGGUUGUAUCUGUAUUGUGUAAAAGCUGAGCUGCAGCGCAGGAUAACGCAUUAGUCAUCAGCGAAUACAGCAGCAGAGCAGCGGGCAGCGCAGCCAGCGCAUCCUGUCUGUUGGUGCCGGCUCGCACACAAACAAAAAAAGCAGUAAAAACAACAAAAAAAAAGCUACAGCACUAACAGCAACAACAACGACAACAACUUGUUCUCCAUGCAUCGUUUAACCCCUGCGUGCGUGUAACAACAACAACAACAAAAACAACCAAAAGAACGCAGGCAAAAAGGAAAUUGAGAAUGGAGCGUAAAUUCACGCGCGGCUUGAAUAAGCCGGGCAUGGCCGCACAGCUGAGAGAGAGCGUCUCUCAGGUGGUGCGUGAGAGCGCCGUUUUGAUAUACUGCCCUGGAAGCUAUCAGCGCAGUCUCUCCAUUUUGAGCAAGCCACUCGUCGUGGAGCCGGUCGACUUUGAAGCCUUUAUAGCCAAAAAUAAAACACUCAUACAAAAUGAUCCGCAGCGGGAGCUGCUUAUCUAUCCAGCGGACGAUGUCUCGGAGAUUGUCAUGCCGCGUAAGCAGCGCACAAAUGUCAAAUCUGUGGCGGAUCGCUUUGAGCCACCCAAUGAGGCAAUCGUAUGUCCACUGCAUGGCUCCGUUGUGCUGGGCAGCAAUGGUCACAGUCAGGUGAGCCGUCAGAGCAGCCUGCAGUCGAAUGGCAGUCUACACAAUGGGCACAGCAGCAAUACCAGCCUGUCCAACGGCAAUGGUCAAUUGUCGCGCAAGAGUUCGCAGUGCUCCAAUGGCUCGGCGAGUCGAAAGACAUCACAGGAGUCCUCCUAUGAAUCGGCGUUGUCCUCCAGCACAUUGCGUUCGCAUUUGGCACAGCCCGAGGAGGUAGAUGAAUAUGCGGAGGAGGAGAUAGCAGCUGGCGAGGAUGCGACAGACGCAACUACGCUGGGUACGCGUGCCGAGUGCACGCGCUUCACACGCCAAGCGCUGUACACGUAUCGUGCCAAAAAUCAUCUUAUCCACUAUAAAUACAGUGCCUAUGGUGGCAACUGUCACGAUCUGCCCAGCACGUCACCCGCCGAGGAGUUGCUGGAGGAGUUGUACGAAAUCGACGCCGAUCAGGAUCGCAUUGAUGAGCAAAUGACGCGCUCCCAGGCGGAUACGAUUACCAAGCAGGGGUAUCUGUUGAAGGGGCCCGAUUCGGCCUCGGAUCGCAUGUUCGCCAACAUUGGCAACAAGUCUUUUAAGCGUCGGUAUUGCUAUCUGCGCCAGGAAAUCGAUGGCACCUACAUGCUCGAAUUGCAUAAGGAUGAGAAACAGGGUGAGGCCAAGGCCACCAUUGUCAUGGAUUUUUGCACGGAAGUAGUGCAGAAUCCCAAACGUGGUCGCUUCUGUUUUGAGCUGCGUAUGACAGCUGGCCACAAAUCCUUUACCCUGGCCGCUGAGAACGAGCAGGACUUUAAGGAUUGGCUAACAAAGCUGUCCUCGGUGCUGGCACAGAAUAAGGCGCAGGAGGAGAAGCGCAAUGCAUCGCUGGAACGUCAGCCGGCUGCCAAUGCGACGCCCACGCCGCAGCUGCAGCCGCCAGCCAUGGAGCCGCCCACGUUUGGUACACUCAAGGGUCUGGAUCAAUCACUGCAUCCGCAGCUGAUGAAAUACGGACGCGAGACAGAUCACUCCAUAGCGCAGGCACGUCGCGAGCAGCGUCGCCGCCUCUUCGCCUGCUAUCAGAGCCCCGGCAAGGCUGUGACCAAUGACAAUGUGGAGCAAUAUCGCGAACACUUUGGCACACGCGUCCUGCUCACCUGUCAAUCCUUGCGCUUUCGACUGCAGUGCCAGCCAGCUGAUUUGGCGGACGGUGCAGGCGGCGAACAAUUGUGUCAAGUAGAGCCCUACAUUACAAGUUUGGCGCUGUACGAUGCCAAGGCCGGGCGCAAACUUAGCGAGAGCUUCUACUUCAACAUCAACGAGCCGGCAGCAGCUCAGAUGCUGCCCAAUACCCCAGUGCCCGCCUCUGUGGCGGGCUGUGGCAUACCCAGGCGCGCGGAGAGCGAUGAGCGCAAUGCUGCCCAGGCGCCACAUUCACUUUUUGACGGCGUCUCCUCAGAGCUGUUGCGCUGUCCGCGCCAGCAGUUCCAGCAGUUGCGGCAGUGCAUGUUGUCGGUGAGUGCGCCGCAUGCAGACAUCUAUCUGGUGCUGCGCAUCGAGAAGGUGCUGCAGAGCAGCAUUGCCCAGGCGGCCGAGCCGUAUCUAAAGGCCGCACGUGAUGCCAAGCUGGGACAGAAGGUGCACAAGGCGGCCAAGAGUUGUGCCCAGCACAUUGGACACUAUCGCCAGCCAUUUGCCUGGGCCGCCCGACCUCUGUUCAAGGCCUAUAGCCAUGAACUGGACGUAGAGUCGCAGUGCAUAUUCGAGUUUAAUACCAUCUAUCGCCAGGAGCUGGCCAAACUGCGUGAUGAGGAGCUGCUCAAGUUGUUGGCCGACUAUCGCAAGCCAGAGAAGCUUAGCAAGCUGAACAUCAUACCGGGCUAUAUGCGACUGCAGGUGCAGCUGCUGGACCAGACGGCCCCGUGUGGCUUGAGUAAAUCCCUGGCGCCCUUGUCCACUUUCAGUGCCUCCGCCAAGCAGCCGCUCACCCUGGAACUCUCCGAGUUUCAGAGCCAAACUGAGCGCGAUGCGUAUCCCUAUACCAAUUUCUGUAAUCAUCUCUAUGUGUAUCCCCUGAGCCUGCAGUUCGAUAGCCAAAAGCUGUUCUCACGCGCUCGCAACAUUACAGUCGUCGUCGAGCUGAGAGAUGGCGAUGGCGAGUACAGUAAACCCCUGAAGUGCAUCUAUGGGCGUCCGGGUCAGGAUUUGUUGGUCUCGCAGAUUGCCUGCCCGGUGCUGCAUCAUAAUGUGACGCCCACUUGGUACGAGGAAAUAAAACUGCGCCUGCCGCUGGGCCUCUUUCCGGAGCAUCAUUUGCUCUUCUCCUUCUAUCACGUGUCGUGUAAUCUGAGCAAGAAACGUGAUGCACAUGCGUCGUUCGAGACGCCCAUUGGCUAUGCCUGGCUACCGCUGCUGCAGAAGAAUCGCAUCUGCUUGGAGGAGCAGCUGUUGCCCGUGGCUGCAACGUUGCCCGUGGGCUAUCUGUCUAUCCAGCCGCUGGGCUGGGGCAAGGGGCAGAACUGCGGCCCGGACAUUCAAUGGAUCGACAAUCAGCGUGCUCUCUAUAGCGUUGGCCUGCGUCUGGACUCCACGGUGCUAACGUCGGAUCAGCAUCUGCACAACUUCUUCGCCCACUGCGAACGGCUGCUGGAGGGCGGCAAGACUGGCGCCCUGCCCGCCGAGACGGAGACAUGCAAGAUCCUGAAGGCGGCGCAUGCCAUCGACAUGCGUUCCCUGAUCAACUUUCUGCCCACGCUGCUCAACGAGCUGUUCACGCUGCUAGUGCACACCCAGUCCGAGGAGAUUGGCCUGAAUGUCAUCCGGCUGCUGACGAACAUAAUUCAUCAGAUCAGCGACGAGGCGAAGCGCACAGAGCUGUUGGCCGCCUAUGUCAAAUACGUGUUCCAUGCUCCUUACUACAGUCAGCAGACGGCACGAUUGCGCACGGUUCACGGCGAACUGUGUCGCCAUCUGCCCUACCUGCUCAAUCCCAACAACACGGACUUUCUCAUUGUGAACAAGUUCAUGCGCUACUCCGCGAUCUUCUUCGAUCUAAUUGUGAAGAGCAUGGCUCAGCACCUGCUGGCCACGGGUCGCAUACGCAUGCUGCGCAACGAACGAUUUCCCAAGGAGUAUGCGGAUCGUGUUGAGCAAUUGAUCAAGGCACUGGUGCCGUAUAUAACCACCCGCUAUGAGGAUCUCGGCGAAGAAACGCAGCUGCUGAACCGUUCGCUGGCGCGUUUUGUGCGUCAAUGCCUCAGCUAUAUGGAUCGUGGAUUUGUGUUCAAGCUGAUUCGCUUCUACAUGGAGCAGUUUGCGCCUGGCAAUCCGCGCGUGCUGCACGAGUACAAGUUCAACUUUCUGCAGGAGAUUUGCCAGCACGAGCACUAUGUGCCGCUCAAUCUGCCGUUUGUGCUGAACCCCAAGAAUCGACCGCCGGAGCUGUUGCAGCAUUUCACACUCUCGGAGCAGUUUUGUCGCCAGCAUUUCCUCUCCGGUCUGCUGCUGCAGGAGCUGAAGAGCAGUCUGAACGAGAUCGGUCAUGUGCGUCGCCAUGCACUGUCCAUCUUCAAGGAUCUGCUGGCCAAGCAUGAGCUGGAUGCACGCUAUCAGCAGCGCGGCCAACUGUGCCGCAUUGCGCUCCUGUAUGUGCCCUGGCUGGGCAUUGUCAUGGACAAUCUGCAUCGCAUCGAUGAUCUCUCCGACUCCGGCGGCUGCACGCCCAACGGGCAUGUCUAUGCCGACUCCGCGUCCUAUACAAAGCGUCUCAGCUGCUCCAGCAGCUAUGUUUUCAGCAAGGACUCGUCAACCUUUAGCUCGCUGACCUCUACGCCGAGAUCUAAAAACCGCCUCACCCUUCACACCGAUCAGGCGAGUCCCUGUCGCACCUCCAUGCACAUCAAGGAUCAUAACUACUUGGCCGCGAUUGCUGGCACAGCCAUUGGCAAUGGCAUCUCCAAUCUGUCGCUUAACUCGAAUUCCGAUUCUGGCCACUCACAGGAUACGACAACAAUCGGCGCUUACACGAAUGGCGAAACGGAUGUGGCGCUGCGAAAUGGCCACAAUCGUUCGGUGAGUGUGACGCAUGCACAAGUCCUGGCACGCUGCGAUAAGUUCAGUGCGGCGGAGAGUAAGGACCUGCUGCUUGGCUUCCUGUUCAUUGUGAAGCAUCUGUCGCAGGAUCAAAUGGUCGCCUGGUGGCAGAACUGCAACGAGACGGAGACACUGCAGUUCCUGUCAAUUUUGGACCUGUGCCUGCUGCAGUUCCGCUACGUGGGCAAGAAAAAUGUUGUGCUAGCGAGUGAUGCACGCCUCCAGAGGCCUACCAAGGCACACACACUGCCCGCACGCAGCACACCGCCUGUGCUGGAGAACGGCAGCCAGGAGCCAAACACUGGCACUCUCACCCAGACACGAGAGCAUCUGCUGGAGGAUAUGGACCUGUCGGCCAGAUCACAGCAGGCGCUUUACGAGUCCAAUCUGGCCACGGAGGUGGGCAUGAUAAUACUGGACUGCCUCGGACUCUAUGUGCUGCAGUUCCGACAGCUGCUGGCGGAGAGUCUUGUGCUGCCCAAGCUGGCGCGUGUCUAUUUGCGCUUUCUGCAGCUGGGCCAGUCGGAGCGUCUGUCCAAGCACGUGUUCGCCGCCCUGCGCGCCUUCAUUAACAAUUAUUCGAUGGCCCUGUUCAAGGGCAAUGCCAUGCUUUGUGGCCAGAUGGUCUAUGAGCUGCUCAAGGCCUGCGACAGCCGGCUGGUGGACAUACGCCACGAAUCCUGCGCCGUUCUGUAUCUACUGAUGCGCAGCAACUUUGAGUUCAGCGGCCGCAAGGCGCUCACCCGCGUCCAUCUGCAGGUCAUCAUCUCGGUGUCGCAGAUGAUUGGCAAUGUAAUUGGCCUGAACAAUGCCCGCUUCCAGGAGAGCUUGUCCAUUAUCAAUAGCUAUGCCAACAGCGACAAGGCCAUGAAGGGCACGGGCUUUCCCUUGGAGGUUAAGGAUCUCACGCGACGCGUGCGCACAGUGCUGAUGGCCACGGCGCAAAUGCAGGCUCAUCACAUGGACCCGGAACGGCUGCUCGAACUGCAAUACUCGCUGGCCAACUCGUAUGCCUCGACACCGGAGCUGCGACACACUUGGCUGGUGACCAUGGCGCGCAAUCACGAGCAGAAUGGCAAUCUCUCGGAGGCCGCCUGCUGUCAUCUGCAUAUUGCGGCGCUCAUGUGCGAAUAUCUGCGCCUGCGCGGCGGCUGCACGCUCAGCUGGUCGUCGACAGCAUUUGGCAAGAUAUCGCGCAACAUUCCGCUGGAUGAGCAGGGCCUGAAGCUGGAUGCGGGCGCCCAGGACUCACAGUACACAGAGCAAAUGCUGCUGGAGCAGCUCAAGCAAUGUGCCGACUUCCUCGAUCGUGCCGAGCGUUUCGAGUGCCUCGGCGAGCUCUACAAGCUCAUCCUGCCCAUCUACGAGCGUGCGCGCAACUUUAUUGAACUGGCCCAAAGCUAUGAGCAUCUCACCCAGGCCUACAAUAAAAUUGUCGAGGUGAAUCGUUCCGGCAAGCGCAUGUUGGGCCGCUUCUAUCGGGUUGUCUUCUAUGGCAUGAUGUACUUUGAGGAGGAUCACGCCAUUGAGUUUGUGUACAAGGAGCCAAAGUUGACAUCGCUUAGCGAAAUCUCGGAGCGUUUGGCCAAACAAUAUAAGGAAAAGUUUGGUGCCGAUGUCGUCAAACUCAUUAUGGAUUCAUCGCCGGUAAAAGUUGACGAAUUGGAUGCGAAACUAGCCUACAUACAGGUCACCCAUGUGAUACCCUUCUUCACCAAAGACGAGCUCGAUCAGCGUCUGAAUGAGUUCGAACAGAACCAUGAUGUGGACACAUUCAUGUAUGAAACACCCUUUACCAAAUCCGGCGCAGCGCGUGGCAGCGUUGAGGAGCAAUGGAAACGCAAAACUGUCAUUAAGACUCAAUAUUCGUUUCCGUACGUGCUCAAACGUAUACCCGUCAAAUCGCGUGAGAUUAUCGAGCUGAGUCCCAUAGAGGUGGCCAUCGACGAGAUGCAAUCAAAGGUUUCAGAGCUGGAGGAAAUUAUUUUGCCCCCGGCGGAUGUCAAGAAGUUGCAGCUGCGCCUGCAGGGCAGCGUGGCAGUUACCGUGAACGCAGGUCCAUUGGCCUAUGCGCACGCCUUUCUGGACGCUAAGGUGAUCAAAAACUUUUCGCUGGAUCGUGUUGAGGAUCUGAAGGAUGUGUUCCGAGACUUUAUUGGUGUCUGUCACAAGGCGCUGUGUGUGAACGAGCGCAUGAUCAGUGCCGAUCAGAAGGAGUAUCAUCAUGUCCUCAAGGAGAACUACGAGAAGCUGUGUCAAGCGCUCAGUGAGUUACUCCAAGAUGAGUCAUUCCAGCCGCUUAGCGAUGAUGCCGACACAGCCGCCCAGCGCAAUAGCAUGGCUUUAUUCAAUGCGAUCAGUGGGGCCUCACAUAACUCAAGUACAGCUUAAGUUCAAAACCAAACAAAAACAAAAACAGUUAAAACAAAUACCAACCAAUACCAAUACCAAUACCAAAAUACACACAUACUACGCAUAGCUACUAAAAUCGGUUUUAACAAAAGCAACGUAGAAGCGUAAAUUGUAGCUUUUAACUUGUUUGGUGUUCCUUUGUAAUGAUGUUUGAUCUUUGAUCUUUGACCUUUGAUGUUUGAUGUUGUCGUUGUUGUUGUGGCAGGUAAACUCUGAAAUUCGCCCCAUACCUUGGUUUGUGUCUCUCAUCUAACGGCUAAACGCACGCAUACAUAUGACUAACGCCCAGGUAUUUGGCCAUCACUAAACAAAACUAAUCUUACUAAGCAAUUGAUAUACUAAAAAAAAAAAAACGUAAUUAGCUGUACUAAUUGCUUAAACCCUACCGAAAAGCCAGCCAAUUCAUGCAUUUAAUUCAAUUUUUUUUUUCUGUUUUAGGUUUUGGUUUUGCCGUUUAUUAAAGUCCAUGCAAACCAGCAAAUACCACAUAUAUAUCCCACACAAACAAUACAGCAUAUAGAACUACAUAUACUAUAUAUACCGAUAUACGAUAUAUAUGAACACGCACAGAUCCACCACACGAUAAACGAAAUUGUAACUAAUUUUUCGACCAGUUGACCAAGUUCCAGUACACACGAGAAACACUUGUUAAUUCAUAAACCCGAUUAGCAUAACGAAUUAUUUAAUUGUUGUUAAAUUUUAAGUAAAUUCAUAUUUGUAUAUACAUCUAAGAACUUAAUUU